UUACUUGCCGUUGCGUCGAAUAACGUGCGUAUCCCACUACUACUACAACUACUACAACUACUACUACUACUACUACUUCUUUGCUGAGUUGAGUGUUGAGUUUGUUAGAGGGAAUGCCAAGCGGAGAAACUUUGGUUGGAGAGGCAGACGGAAACGGCGGCAUAAUGGCCCAACAGAAGAACCUGGAGGGCUAUGUGGGCUUUGCAAAUCUACCCAACCAAGUUUACAGAAAAUCAGUGAAGAGAGGUUUUGAGUUCACACUCAUGGUUGUAGGGGAAUCUGGGCUGGGGAAGUCGACGCUGAUCAACUCGCUCUUUCUGACGGACCUCUACUCCCCCGAGUACCCGGGCCCUUCGCACAGAAUAAAAAAAACUGUACAGGUGGAACAGUCGAAGGUUCUUGUAAAGGAAGGAGGAGUCCAUCUUCUGCUCACCAUCGUCGACACCCCCGGGUUUGGUGACGCUGUUGACAACAGUAACUGCUGGCAGCCAGUCACCGAUUACAUCGACAGCAAGUUUGAAGAUUACCUCAACGCAGAGUCUCGGGUCAACAGACGACAGAUGCCAGACAGCAGAGUGCAGUGCUGCCUGUACUUCAUUGCCCCGUCUGGACAUGGACUGAAGCCCCUCGAUAUUGAAUUCAUGAAGCGGUUACACGAAAAAGUAAACGUCAUUCCCCUAAUCGCCAAAGCCGACACAAUGACUCCCGAGGAGUGUCAACAGUUCAAGAAACAGAUCAUGAAAGAAAUCCAGGAGCACAAAAUCAAAAUCUACGAGUUCCCAGAGACGGAUGAUGAGGAAGAGAUGAAGAUGAUCAGGAAAAUCAAGGAUCGUUUACCCUUGGCCGUAGUCGGUAGUAACACCAUCAUCGAGGUCAAUGGAAAGCGAGUGCGCGGGAGGCAGUACCCGUGGGGCGUGGCUGAAGUGGAAAACGGAGAACACUGUGAUUUCACAAUUCUCCGGAACAUGCUCAUCAGGACCCACAUGCAGGACCUGAAGGACGUGACCAACAACGUUCACUAUGAAAACUACCGCAGCAAGAAGCUAGCCGCCGUCACCUACAACGGUGUGGACAACAACAAGAACAAGGGGCAGCUGACCAAGAGUCCUCUAGCCCAGAUGGAGGAGGAGCGCCGGGAUCACGUGGCCAAGAUGAAGAAGAUGGAACAAGAAAUGGAGCAAGUGUUUGAGAUGAAGGUCAAAGAGAAGCUCCAAAAGCUCAGAGACUCGGAGGCUGAGCUCCAGAGGCGUCACGAGCAAAUGAAAAAGAACCUGGAGGCCCAGCACAAAGAACUGGAGGAGAAACGUCGCCAACACGAGGAGGAGAAGGCCGGCUGGGAGGCUCAGCAGAGGAUCCUGGAGCAGCAGAAGCUCGACGCCUCCAGAACCUUGGAAAAGAACAAGAAGAAGAAGAUAUUUUAACGACUCUGGAGGACCUACCCGAUGUUACGGUGUGUUAUAUUUUUGCCAGCCUCGAUCGCCAGAUCCUCUGUCGAUCAGUCACAGUUUGACCAUGUGACUGUGUAAUAAUCCAGUGAACACCAGGGGGCAGUAUCGUCCGGACCAGCCUUUCCUCCCUCAUGUUCCUCUUUAAAGAACUGUUAUCACUGUCCUAUGAUCUGGGUCAUCGCUCACAUAAACAACUAUAUUCACAUAAAAAGAGUUCAAUCUUUCCUCUUCUUCUGUCGGAGCGUCCGAUGUUUCACUGUUUCCUUUUAAUGCCAAAAAACAAUCACAUUUAAUCUCCUGCUCCCCCGUCUCAUGUCAUGCAAAGCCGCAGCGUUUAACUUGAUUCAUGUGUAACAUUUUAAUACUUACUGUUCUUUUGUUUUGGCCCUGGUGUAUAAAUUGUCUUCAUUUUGUUUCCUGCAUCAUGUUUUCUCGCCCCGCUCUUGGAAAAACAAGCGUGUACUCCUGACUUCGCUGAGUGAAACAAACUGAAAUGAAAAACUGCUCAUGAAGUGUUUCUGCAUGAAUUCAUUUGAGGUUCUUGUGCCGAUUCUGUACAAAGAUGUUUUCCUACACAAACAAAUCUUUCCGGGGAACAGGUUUGUCGGAUGGUGGAGGGAAAGCUGAAGCCGAGGCUCCUCAGUCAAACGGGUGACAACUCAGUCACUGCACCAAGCUGGCUUUUCUUUGUAUCACAUUUAGCACAGUUUUGUGUUCUGCAUCUGUAUUUUUGUAAUGUCUCGUUUUUUGUUUUUAUUGUACAAAGUCACAUAAUAAAAUUGUGAUGGGGAAAAAUAA